AUGGAGAAAGGCGUCCUCCCACAGCACAACGAGCCGAGUACAGCACGGUCACCAGCAAUUAUACGAAUUUUGAGCUGGUUGGGCAUUGCUUCUGGGCUUUAUUUGCUUCUGGGAUCAUGGGAGAGCGAGUUCGAUGGACCCGCUUGCCGCAGUGGCGCGCAGUCGAAUGCCGCACCUUUUGAUUGGGACAAGUUACAACCGUCCAAGAAACUUCACUGGGUACGCUGCUAUCCCGGUUAUCAAUGCGCCCGGCUGGAGGUUCCCCUCGACCAUCAUGAUCAUUCUGUCGGGACCGCCGCAAUCGCUCUCAUCAGGUAUCCAGCAAAGGUUGACCCAAAGAGCGAGAAGUACAGGGGCCCGAUUCUCUUCAACCCAGGCGGACCUGGAGGGCCUGGCGUCGGACUCGUCCUUAACCGUGGCCCUCUGUUGCAGGCGGUUGUCGGAGACGAAUUUGACAUCAUUGGAUUUGAUCCGAGAGGUGUUGGUCAUACAACUCCCAUAGUAGACAUUUUCCCCCUUCCAUUAGAAAGGGAAAAGUUCGCGCUGCGAUAUAGUGAUGCCCCGCUGAUGAACGAGACAAGCGGGGCUCUGGGCGAAGCCGUAGCACUUGCUAGGCUUACACACCAAUUGAUUUACGCCAAAGCGCCGUUGGCUGCGCAGUAUGUGAAUACCGCAGUCGUGUCUACGGAUAUGCUAAGCAUCGUAAAGGCUCACGGAAUGGAUAAGCUGCAAUAUUGGGGCUUCUCUUAUGGUUCAAUCCUCGGCAACUCAUUCGCCGCUUUAUAUCCUGACAAUGUUGGUCGCAUCAUUGUAGAUGGUGUUGUCGAUGCCGAGGACUACUAUAGCGGAACUUGGGGUUCUAACCUACGUGAGGCUGAUAAAGGUCUUGAUUUAAUCUUCCGGCAAUGCGCAGAGGCAGAGAAUGAUUGCCCUCUAUACGAGAGCACACCGGAAAAGGUGAAAUCAAGAUACUUCAAACUCCUCGAGAAUCUUGAAAAGAAUCCUGUCCCAGUUUUCACGGAGCAGGAUGGAGGAAUAGUCAAUCGCAGGGAUGUGCACGCCCUUGUCUUUGUUCUCCUUUAUAGCCCAUAUACAGCCGGGAAUAUCGUCUUCGAGGCGCUUCGGCAACUCGAGGCUGGAAAUGGACAUCUCGUCUGGCGGUUGACCCGAGAGCUCGAGCUCGAUUGUCAAUGCGGACUCCCCCGACCUCUUCCUACCGGCGGAAGAGAGGCUCUCGCGGCUAUUGCGUGCACGGAUGCUCAUAGAGUCGAGCCUGAUCAUGCUACUUUACAAAAGCACUAUGAGGAACUAGCCAAGGUAUCGAUAUUUGCCGACAUCUGGGCCAACGUUCACUAUAGCUGCAUUGAUCGUCAAGUCAAACCAAAGUGGGAAUGGAAAGGGCCUGUUGCCGCUAACCAUACGAGCUUCCCUAUUCUCAUGAUUGGCAAUACGUUGGACCCUGUCACCCCAGACGCGAACAAGAUGUCCAAGGCGUUCAAUGGGUCGGUUGCUUUGACCCAGAAUUCCGCUGGGCAUUGCUCUAUCGCUGCUUCGUCUCUGUGCACGGCAAAAGCUAUUCGCAAAUACUUCCAGGAGGGCGUUCUGCCCGAGGAGGGAACUGUUUGCGACGUCGAAGAUCAUGUGUUCCUUGGUCUCAGAGGUCGUGGAUUUGUCGCUACGGAUGAAGAAGAGGCGCGUAUCCUCAGUGCGAUACGCUCACUUCGGGGGGACGUUGAUUUCGCUGCUUUGGCUCGUCAGUCUCGCAAGGACACCCCUGGCGGAGUUUACACGUUCGAAUCUGACCAUAUCGACAACAUCGAGAUGGCGUCUGAAAUUGCCAACGUGCUUGCUGCGACAUUGAGUCCAGACACGAAUACGAGAGUCGCUGCAGAGCUGCGUAUCAGCGACCUCUUCAAAACACCAGGGAAUACCAAUUCGAUUCACGGUGCUAUGCAAGUCUUGUCCGAUUUCAUUCGAAAUGAACUUUCAGAAGACCAGCUUCUUCCUAUCCUCCGUCAACUUCUUCCUCUUCUGCUCACCGUACUCUCGCCGCAAGGAGGAGCGGAGCAGCAUUCCCCUCUUACUCGUGCGCGUGCCGUCGCCAUCUUCAGGCAGUGUGUUACCGCACUCGACAUGGUCAGGAAGGAAUAUCCAGAUGCAGUCAAUGAAGCCAUAUCUUCGGUCCUCCCACAGUGGCUCUCAACCAUGCACACUCUUCUCUCCACCCCAGCAAUUGCCGAUGUUUCAGAUCCGGCUAAUUGGGAUCCACUCGCAGUUCGAAUCCAAAUCUUCCGUACCCUUGAUGUCAUCCAAACAACCUUUGCAUCGACGCUUACUCCGGAGAUGACGCAGAGCUUCUGCGACAUCUCUGUCCGAAAUCUUAGUGACCUCUUACCUGCGUUUAGAACAUACUAUAUUCUCACUGCCGCAAAUGCGGAUCAGGGUGGCGUUGACCCGCCCACGCCGGUAUCAGCGGACGAUCCGGAUAUCAACUUGAGCCUGAUGCAUCUCGCCUGUCCUGCUAUGGACUAUCUUGGAGAGGUUGUGCGAAAAUCGGUCCGCAGUCAAAAGGUGGCAGCCAGUUGGGUCACCUCGAACCUUGGAACCCUCCUAAGCCUAGCUUUAUCUUGGGCCCAAAUUCCCGUUGAAGAUGAGGACAUCUGGGAGGAGGAUGCCAAUGCAUUUGUCCGCGAUGAGAGCGAAGGCGUCGAGGCAUAUACCGCCCGAGUUGCGAGCUUGGACGUCGUUGGUGAUCUGCUUGAGCAUUACCCAGAUGCUACCGCGUCUUGGCUUUGGAAUGCCACCCAAAACGCUGUCAAGACUACAGAACAGUCAAAGCAGAAUGGGCAACCAGACUGGUGGCGUUUGCUGGAGGCAUGCCUCUCAGCACUUAACAACGAGGAGCUCGUUGAUAUGGUAGAACGCUCGCGUGAACUCCAGAGACCAUCAGUCUUCGAUGGAGAAACUCUUCUCACCAGCGUACUCCCCCCUCUUUUGACCGAGCCUGGCACUCCCUUCCUUCAAGGCCGCGCAUUCGUCACAGCAAGCACUUAUGCAAGAAUUCUUCCACCAACCUUGAUGGGCCAGUAUCUCACAGCGGCGGUGGAGGCUCUUGAGUCGUCGUCAUCGGGUGUUCCUCUCAAGGUGGCGGCCCUCAAAGCGGUCAGAAAUUUCUGCUCUAUCCCAGAUGAUAAGCCCAUUGCGCCGAUGGGUCCUCGCAUCGUUGCCGCCCUGUCGCCAUUCAUGACCAGUGUUACAGAGGACUCAUUGGCCCUCGUUCUUGAAGCUCUGAGCACGGUUGUUCAGGUUGAUGGUGGAAAAUGGCUUACUCCAGAGUUGGCGACUCAGGUCGUUCAAUUGAUGCUGCAAACGUACGCUCGGAACGCGAAUGACCCCAUCUCUCUGUCUAUCACUACCGAUAUCUUUACUUUCCUCGCAUCCGCCGAAGCACCCGGUGUCUACCAAGCUACAGUCAUGGCCACCGUUCCAAUGGUUGCCCCAACGAUUGCAAACAAUGACGGAUGGGUCUGUUGCUCCGCGAUGCAGAUUCUUACUGCAGUCUUUGAGGGAGCCAAAGCUGGACAGUUGGGUGAAGGAGUCGUCGCCGCCUUGGCUCCUAGCUUGUUCGUUGCCUUGGGCAAGGUCAAUGAUCCUGAGGCAAUAUCAGAAGGCUGUCGUCUACUCACUUGCCUUGUUCGAAAGGAUGCGUCUCAGUUCCUGGGAUGGACGGAUCCUUCCGAUGGAAGCGCCUCUCUCCAGCGCGUUGGGCUGUUCUUAGGACGACUUCUCAGCCCGGAAGUCGAAGAGUCUGCAGGUCUUGCCACUGGUGAUCUCCUGGUCACUUUGUUCCGGAAAGCGGGCGAUGCUGUCGGUCCAAUGAUGCAACCACUCUUGGAAGUGAUCGUAAAACGCCUUAGUACUGCGAAGACGGCUACCGGAACCCAGUCUUUGAUUAUUCCAUUCGCAUUUUUGAUUCACAAGGAACCUGAUAGUGUCCUGGGAUUGCUGGAAAGUACCGCCGUCGAUGGCCAGAGCGGCCUUCAGGUCCUCCUCCGUGCUUGGUGUGAGAACGCGGAGACUUUCAUCGGUAACUGGUCGACGCGCAUGAGUCAUAUCGCCCUUACCCAACUCUUCACCAUGCAGCGUCCUAGCCUAGACAGUAUCACCGUCAAAGGUGAUCUGAUCAUUACAGCCGCCACAUCUAAUGUCAUUGUUACUCGGUCGCGAGCCAAACAAACUCCGCACGAAUAUUCACAGAUCCCCUUCAGGCUCAAGGCACUGAAACUGAUUCUGAGUGGUCUCCAACUCAACGGAGAGAGUGCUAUUUUGGGUGGCAAGGCGGCUGAGUUUGACGACGGUAGCUCAGUCGGGGACGAUGGCGAGUGGGAAGACGAAGAAAAAGUCGCAGAAGCCAUGAUGCUGUCGCAGGCUCUCAACUUUGAGACCGAUGAUCAGCCUGGUACAGGCCUUGACGACGAAGAAUUCAUGGAUGACCCAAUCAUGCAGGUGGAUCUCAGGGACUCUACGCUCGCAUUCCUCAAAGAGUGUGCCACCCGUAAUACCAGCAAUUUUAACGCUCUAGUCGAUCAGCUCAGCCUUGAGGAGAUGAUGGUAGUCCGACAAGCCGUUUCUGCCUAG